AUGCCACCGCGGCUUUCCUCUUCGCCCUGUCCCAAACCCAAAUCCUCUGUUCUAUCUCUGCUUCGAGCUGCUCGCUGUCAUGUCACCGUCGUCUUGUCACUGUCCUGCUCUCCAUCGUGCUACAACGUUGUCGAAGAAGUAAUUGCUGAUAAUAAUGCAUCUGUGAAUAAUAAUUUGUCUGUUGAUUCUCCUAUUUCGAAUGAUGCUGCUAAUUCUAAUCCUCCUAGUUCUAACGAUAAUAUGCUGGAUGGUGUUGUUGGUAUUGGAUCUGGUUAUAGGGGUUCUUCUUAUGAUAAAUUAAGGGUUCUCUUGUUGGUUGAUCUUAAAAGAGAAUGUCAAAUGCUAGUUGAUAGUUAUAGGAGUGCAUGGAAAGAAACCGAAUGUACCUCAUGGCUAAUGGUGACUGAAUGGAUUGACCCUAAUGAUAUUGUGUAUGUUGUGACUGAUAAUGCGGCCAAUUAUAUUAUGGUUGGUAGGCUUAUCAAUAAAAAAUAUGAGAAUAUUUAUUGGUCACCACGUGCUGCUCAUUGCCUUAAUCUUAUUCUGAAAGAUGUAAAUAGCAUGGCGCAUAUUUCUAUUGUUGAAUCACGUGCUUCAAAGAUUACAAUAUUUGUAGCUGCGAGUGCUAUUAUUUUGGAUAGUAAAUUUUGGAAUGAUUAUUUUACUGCAUGUAAAAUUGUGGAUCCUUUGAUUAAAUUGCUGAGGAUUGUUGAUGCUGAUGAUAAACCACCAUUGAGAUAUGUAUAUGAAGGAAUGCUAAGAGCAGAAGAUGCAAUUAAAGAGAUGUUUAAGCAAAACAAGACUGCAUAUCAGUUGUACACAGAUAUUAUCAACUCAAGAUGGGACAAGCAUUUAAAGAAAGAUCUUUAUGCUGCAGAUUACUUCCUAAAUCUUGUGACGGAAGAGGUUGUAGAAAAAGAGCCUGAUCUUUCUAGUAAUGUGGAUGACUUAUUGCGUGAUAUCGAUGCUGAUUUAUAUCAAAGUGACGGUGGUAGUAGUGGUAUUUAUACUGCACCUCUUGAUUCUUCUGCUCAAGAGGAUGGAAAUGACAGUGAAGAUGAUCACACAAAAGGAAAUCUGCAACAAGUUUUUGCGGAUUUUGAUUAUUGA